CAGUGGGAAGGCCCAUGUCUGUCACCUGGGAAGGGGUGGCAGUCACACACACACGCUGAAAAACAGACAGACAGACUCAACAGAGUAAAAAUAUGUGUUUCCAAAGUGCCUCGGAACAAACCAAUCAGCCUACGACACUUUAAAGUGAUUUACUUGCUUUCUGAUUUUGUGGGAGCCAGUCACAAGAGGCACAAUGCGGGACAUGCUGGAGAGAAUGCAGACCAUUAGUGAGGAGCAGGAGGACUACGAGCCAGAAUUUUAUGGAGAUGAGUACGAUGUAGACAAAGAGACUCUGUCACAACAGGCAGUGGUGUUCGAGAACUCCUCAGCUAUUGACAACAUCCUGGAGGAGGCCCACUCCAUACGCAAAGAGAUCUCCAUGCUUCGCUUAGAGGUGGAGCGUCUGAGCACACAUAAUGAACGCUUUGGCACCUCUGUGCGGCGCCUCACCCUAAUCAAAAAGGACUCUGACUCCAUCGCCAGGGGGAUCCAGCAACGUGGGGCAGCAGUGUAUGCCCGCCUUCAGGCCCUGGGCAAGGAGAGCAGCCAGCUGGAGGAGAAAGAAGGUCCCAACUCUGCUGUUAGUCGCAUUGCUCGAACUCAGCAUGACACACUGACCCGUGCCUUCCAUGAUGUCAUGAGUGACUACAAUGAGGCGGAGGAGAUGCAGAGGGAUACAUGUCGGGGGAGGAUCCAGAGGCAGGCCUCUAUAAUGGGGGCUGAAAUCACCGACGACCAGCUGGAUGUGAUGGUGGACAAAGGUGGCGAGGGAUGGGCUGAGCUGUCCCAGAGCCUGCAGAGCCAAGGCGGACGUUCGUCCCGCUGGGCGCUGUGUGAAAUCAAAGGCAGACACAAGGAGCUGGUGGAGCUGGAGGUCAGGAUGAAGGAGAUCCACGAUUUGUUUCUGCACAUGGCCAUGCUGGUGGAGGAGCAGGGAUCUCUGGUUAAUAACAUUGAGGCUAAUGUGUGUGGCACUCAGGAAUAUGUAGAAAAAAUUAAUGUCCACAUCAAGAGAGCCUUACAGUACAAGAGGAAGAAUCCUUUCCGGCAGUGUUGUCCCUGUCUACCCUGCUGGAGACACAACCAAACGUUUUAGGGCUAUUUUGACUUUUACACUAUUUUAUGGAUGAUUGAAAAUUGAAAUAAAACAUUUACUUGUGUAAAAAUUAAUUUUAAAAAAAUUACAGCUGUGCAAUGUGUUAAACUAAUAUUUAAUGCAACUUUACAAGCACACCCAUGAGUACAAAGUGAAAAAGGAGCUGUUUUUUCUGAGGAGUGGCAAUGUAAAGUAUAUGUUUGGAGUUACCAGCCAUCUAAAGUUUGAUCUACAGUAGACGUAUGCCUUAUUUGCAUGACAGAAUUAAUUCAGUUGUGGAUGUGUGAGCAGGGGAGAAAUUUACAUUUUAAAGGGAUGUUAUUUUAAGUUGAAUUUGUUAAAACCUUUCACUGAUUCACAAGCUGUUACUGAGACAACAUGUCAGACUUUGGUAGAAGAAGCUAAAUUAUGUCAACAAACUGUGUUGAGUUAAGGGCUGUAUAAGUCCACUAGUUUAUGUAGCCUAAUAGUUUGUUACUGAAAAUUAACCAACCAAGAAACAUCAUAUGUUUACAGUAUGUAUGGUGUAAUAUUUUAUUGUAUCUGUUGUCUUUCAAAUGUAAAGCACUUUGAGUUUAAGUGUAAUGAAAUGUGCUAUAUGAAUAUAAAUAAAACUGUCAU